AUUUUUUUAAAAAAAGAAAUGUACAUGUCUGAUCAAAAAAAGUCUAUAUAUAUGGCUCCAUACCCCUUUGGCUCUAUAAUAAAAACCCGUUAAUAAUCUCUCCCUCCUCUUGCAUUUUUCUCUAAAACAACAGGAAAGCCAGGUCAGUAAAGAAAAUGGAGAUGGAUUUGACACCCAAGAAAGCCGAACCCAUAUUUGAAGGAGAUGGUGGAUCUUACUACUUAUGGUCAAGUUCUCAGGUUCCAGUUCUGGCUCAGAACAACGUUGGUGCUGGUCGGCUUGUUCUUCAACCUCAAGGCUUUGCUCUCCCUCAUUAUGCAGAUUCUGCUAAACUUGGUUAUGUCAUUCAAGGAACCGAUGGCGUAGUUGGAAUGGUGCUCCCAAACACAGACAAAGAGGUCAUUUUGAAAUUAAAGAAAGGAGAUGUAAUCCCAGUACCUAUGGGAGCAGUCUCAUGGUGGUUCAACAACGGGGAGUCUGAACUGAUCAUAGUGUUUCUGGGUGAAACAUCUCAGGCUCAUGUUCCUGGUCAAUUCACUUACUUCCUUCUUGCUGGAACUCAAGGAAUUAUGGGAGGCUUUUCCUCUGAGGUUAUUACCAAAGCUUAUAGUUUGACCAACAAAGAAGCAAAAAGACUCACAAAAAGCCAAAAAGGAGUUCUAAUCCUUAAGCUUAAGAAAGGCCAACCCAGAAUGCCAGCCCCUCAAAUGGACAAGACCAAAGAGAUGGUGUACAACAUUGAUGCUGCAGAACCAGACCAUGGGGUCAAACAUAGAGGGCUGGUCACAACCUUGACUGACUUAGAUUUCCCUUUUGCUGGAGAAGUUGGGCUGAGCAUGAUCAGAGUGAAGCUUGAACCCAAUGCCAUUGCAACACCACUAUACCUCAGGAGCCCUUCUGUUCAAGUGAUUUAUGUUGCCAGAGGAAGUGGGAAGAUUGAGAUUGUGGGGUUGAAUGGGGAAUCAGUGUUGGAUUCUCAAGUUGAAGCUGGUCAAUUGAUUGUUGUUCCUAAGUUCUUUGUGAGUACACAAAUUGCUAGUGAAGAUGGAAUGGAGUUGUACUCCAUCCUCACAACAAAAAGGCCUGUGUUUGAAGAGCUAGCUGGGAAGCCAUCAAUAUGGGAAGCCAUGUCUCCUCAAGUUCAAGAAGUAUCUCUUAAUGUGGACCCUAAUUUUGUCAAAUUCUUCUUGUCCAACCAGGAACACACCACAAAUACCAUUCCUCCUUCUAAUUAAUUCUCUUCUGUAUUUAAUUUGUGUGAUUUCAGUAAAAGUCAGAGCAUAAUUUACUCAAUAUAUAUAUAUAUAUAUAUAUUUUAUAUGUCUAUCUGAUUGGAUAAUAUUCGAGUAUUAUUAGUCUCAAUUAUCAGAUAGGUAUAUAAAGUAAAUAAAUUGAGUAAAUUAUGUUCUGAAUUUUACUGAAAUUACACAAACUAAAUCACCCUUGUCUUUUCUUUGAUAUAUUUAUUUGUAUAAGAAAAUAACGGGAGUUUUGCAUAUUUUAGCAAAACUCAACGAGUGUCUGUUAUAGUUUGUAGGAUAAAUAAUUAUAUAUGUACAUGUGAUUUCAGUUAAUUAUAUAAAUUUUAAUUUUUCUCGCCUUAUUA